UCGUCUCUCCACGUUCGACGGUACAAUUCAAUCAGCUGCCAUCAUAAUUCAUUCUCUUCCUGUCAUCUGUCGCUCUUUCGACCCAAACCGCACCUUUUUCUAUGAUCAUCAAAUUCCGACGUCUUCCUCGCCCUCUUCUCGCCUUGGCUGAAGUUUCCCUGGGCAGGAAAAUAUGUCCAGAUCCGUCGACUCGUCCUGAUAUAUAAUGUCGCAGUGUAUUGAGGGCUGCAAGGUCGGGCGUUCAUAAUGAGGACGUCUUCUUUCAGACCGUUCAUCCAUAUCGUCUUUGCCUGGUGCUCUCUGGCAUCUGUUCCUCUCAGCUCGAUUCGGAAAGGAACCGAUUUGCCUUUCGCAGCAAAUAAAUUUAUUGUAGAACUGGACAGUGUUGCUGAUAUUACGGGCAAAAGAUCCGGCGUAGCUGUACAUGAGCGUUUCUACGCGUCCUUGAAAGAACGUGCAGUUGGCUUUCAAGUCGACAAAGAGUUCGAUGCUCCUGGCAUCUUUGUAGGAGCUGCUCUAACUUUAGAGGAUGUCAUCCACUUUUCAAGCUCUGUGGAAGGUAUUAAAUCCGUUAGUCCUGUCCAAAUAUUUGAUCGCCCAGCACCCGUCUUCUCGCACGUCGUCACUGACAUCAAUGAUGCGGCUAUACCGCCGGAUUCCCAAUCAACGCAUAUUCUAACGGGCGUCGACAAACUACAUGCAGCUGGGAUCACAGGUGCUGGGAUCAAGAUCGGAAUCCUCGACACUGGUAUUGACUACACUCAUCCUCUACUCGGAGGGGGUUUUGGUCCGGGUUUCAAGGUAGUGGGAGGGUACGAUCUUGUUGGUGAUAACUUUGAUGGCACGAAUACCCCCGUUCCCGACUCAGAUCCUUUAGAUCAAUGUGAAGGCCAUGGAACCCAUGUCGCUGGAAUUAUCGGCGCAGAUCCUAUCAAUGCGUUUAACAUCAGUGGAGUUGCUUAUUCAUCCUCGAUAUCCGCCUACAGGAUCUUUGGGUGUAAAGGCUAUGUAACAGACGAUGUGAUCAUUGACGCCUUAAUCAUGGGAUACAACGAUGGCCAAGAUAUUUUGACUCUGUCGCUGGGCGGUGCUGCUGGGUGGACGGAAUCGUCAAGUUCGGUAGUGGCGAGCAGAAUCGCGGCCUCCGGGACGAUUGUCACUAUUGCUGCCGGUAACGAUGGUUCUUAUGGUUCCUGGUUUUCCUCCGGCCCAGGUAAUGGCAUCGACGUCAUUUCGGUGGCAAGUUUAGAUAACACAGUGAUACCUCUGCAAAAUGCUACUGUGGGCGGAGUGGUGCACGACCCAAUCACAUAUUUCGAAACGUUUCCAUUUCCUAUAACCGUGGCGCUCCCUAUUUAUGCCAUUUCCAACGAUACGACUGUCGUAGAUGACGCCUGUUCGGCCCUGCCUGAUUCUACGCCUGAUCUUUCAAGUUUCUUAGUCAUUGUCAGAAGGGGGACCUGUCCUUUCACGCAAAAACUUGCAAAUAUUGCGGCCAAAGGGGCCACCGUUGCAUUUAUUUACGAUAAUGGUAAUGGAUUCGCGGGUAUCUCCGUUGGCAAUUUCACCGCCACUCUCAUCCAGGCGGCAGACGGCGAAUUUCUUGUAUCCCAGUUCACCGCGGGUGUACCCGUCACAAUUUCUUUCCCCCAAUCUGGAGGAGCCUAUAGCUAUCCUGAUUCUGCAGGAGGCUUGAUCUCGUCUUUCACUAGCUAUGGCCCAACGAAUGAUUUUUUUUUCAAGCCUGCUAUCUCUGCACCUGGAGGCAAUAUCUUGUCGACAUUGCCCGUAAACUUCGGUUCUUUUGGCGUCUUGUCCGGAACAUCAAUGGCUACUCCGUUCGUAGCCGGCUGUGCUUCUCUACUUUUAAGCGUCAAAGGAAAAGGCUCGUCUAUCGGUAAGACAGCUCGUACUUUGUUCGAAACAACGGCGACGUUGGUCUCUUCAAGUCAUACCGACGGUGACCCGUGGCAAACAGUUACGCAGCAAGGUGCUGGUUUGAUCAACGUCUAUAAUGCUAUCCAUGCCACCACGAUUGUGUCUCCUGGAGAACUUAUAUUGAAUGAUACAGCAAAUUUUCAAGGGCUUCAACAAUUUACAGUUCAGAAUACGGGAACUAGUGUCAAAUCAUAUCAGCUGAUCCAUGUCCCGGCAGGUACCGCCAUAACUAUUAGGCCUGGUACCUUCUUCCCAGCUCUAGGCCCUGUUCCAUUGACGUCAGAUCAGGCCAAGGUGUGGCUCAGUCGGACGAAGUUCACGCUGCGGCCCGGUCAAAAGACGACGAUACUCGCAUCUUUUACUGCACCUUCGGAGCUCGAUUCAUCCUUGCUGCCGGUGUAUAGCGGGUUCAUACAGAUUUCAAGCGAUAGUGAAAUCGCUCAUGUGUCAUAUAUGGGCUUGGCAGCAUCUCUGAAGGACCAGCAAGUCGUUGACAACACCGAUUUCUUAUUUGGCGUACCUCUUCCACUCACCUUAGACGCCGAUGGAAACGCACAGACAGGUCCAAUCAAUUAUACUUUUACGAAUGGCAAUGACUACCCCAGCUUACUUUUCCGUUUGGCAUUCGGAACGCCUCUCCUCCGAAUGGACCUGGUUGAGUCUAACAUCGAUUUCCAGCCAACUCUCAAUGCUCGCACGUCGGACCCGGGCCAUUUCUUUACAUUUCCCCAUAUGCAUAACGGCGGGAGUUUUGCACGUGUGAAGAUCGUCGGACCAUUGGCCGAAUUGGAUUUCUUCAGUCGGAAUAACGAGGAUCCUGAUAAUUUCGGAUACAAUACGAUCGCAAUGAAAUCGCCGGUUUUCGCCAACGGUACUGCUAUACCUAAUGGCUCGUAUAAAUUUCUUCUACGUGCGCUGAAGGUGACAGGUGAUCCAAAAGAGGAAGAGGAUUUCGAGAGCUGGCUGAGCCCAACCAUAGGAAUUGUAGUUUAG